AUGGUGUAUGUUUUUGCGGUGAUUGCAGAUGAUAUGGAGUCUUACUAUGGUCUGAAAGAAGGUGGAGGAACGGAGCUAUUUGAUAUGCUUAACUUUGGUGCUUGUGCGUUGUCAUUUGUGCCCGGCCUGCUCUAUGACUACUAUGGCGCAACGGUUGCCAUGAGCAUAGGCACCAUCAUCGGUGUCCUGCCUAUCCUCGGACAGCUCGAUUGGUCGUCGAUAUUUCCAUCAUUGGACACGUUGACAGGCCUCAAGCUCAGCUAUGCCAUCUUUGGUAUGGCGGAGGCUUUCUUCAGCACCAUUGCGACUUUUGCGCCUUUGGAAGCGUUCCCUGUUCAGUAUGUCGGGGCCGUCUCUGCGGUUGUUCAAGUAAGCACAUCGCUGGGUGCCAGCAUUCAAUCCGAAGUUUACGUGCUGAUGAAGGCCAACUUCAAGAACUUUGUCCAAGCCUACUACACCUACAUGCUUGUUUGCACGGUGGCGUGUGGCGGGUUGAUGGUCUUGGCCUUCUGGGAGAAUAGUCAGCUUCUUCACAGAAGCAAGACGAAUCUUCCAGACGACCUGGAGCAAUGCAGCUUAAAGUCUGCGCUCUUGAGCAAAAACUUCGCAUACAUGUGUCUACUUUUCUUCAUCGGAGUCGGAUUUGUGUUCAGCUACUUGGAUGCUGCAGGUGAGAUCAAUGCUGCUGCUGGCUUACCUGCAUCGCGAGCCACCAUAACAUUUGGCAUUUAUGGCGCAGUUGCGCGAGUGCUGGCCAACUGCGCUUUGGACUAUACUCGCGGCAACCGCAAUGGUGGUCCGAUGACGUACAUUGCCCUUUCGUUGCUCUCGCUUGCUGCAGGUUUGGCGGCUGCCGGAAUACCAUCUGAUCCAAAUGCGAUGUCUGUUCAUGUUAUGAAUUUGUUCUGCAGCCUUGGUGCUGGAGGCUUGCUUGGCGUCAGCCCGCCAGCGUUGAGGCUGCUAUUUGGAUCUGGGUCUUUGGGCAUGAUCUAUGGGUUGCUCUACUUGCUCACGGCUUUCGGAAUCCCAACUUGGGGACUCCUGUUGCCUCUCCAGGGAUGUGCAUCUGGAUGCUUCAGGGCUUACUGCUGCGCAGGUGCAGUUCUUUUUCCAGCAUUGGCACUGGGCGCACUGCUGCUCGGGAGAGGAGAUGUUCCUGCACAAGACGGGUGA